UGGGGGAGCGUGCGUGUUGGGCCACGCGACCGUUGUUGCCGGUGGUCAGGUCGUGGAACGGAAGCCCGGUCCCGGGAAGCAGCCUCGGAAGGCGGCGGCAGAGGCCAGUCCCCGCGAGCAGCGACUGAAGCAGUCGCGUCAGGUGCCCCCAUCCCAGACCCCCAGCACCUGGGAAGAGUCGGGGCUUCGCUAUGAUAAGGCUUUCCCCGGAGACAAAAGGCUGAGGUGAUGUGUUCCUGAGGCUUGUCGAGUUUUCUCGUUUCUCUUUCCCCUCACAACGAGACCUUGACCUUUUUCCUCCCGUUGGAGGACCUCUUGAAGCACAACUCGCUGGUUUUUAUUAUGCACGGAGGGUAGGAUAAGUGUCUAACAGUUCGUUUCUUUCCCCGCGAAGCUCUUCAUGUCUGUUAGAACUAGAUGUGUCUCCGUAACAAGGAUGUUGGUAAUUACCCGUCUUUUUGUUUCCACCCACAGCAGUGUGAUGACAGUAGUUAAGUCCAGGCAAUUUCGGGAGAAGCAAGGGAAGAUCCUGUUGGAAGGUCGUAGGCUGAUUGCAGAUGCUCUCAAGGCUGGUGCUGUGCCCAGAGUUUUGUUCUUUAGCCGUCUGGACUACAUAAAGGAGCUGCCCAUUGAGAAGCUGAAAGGUGUUAGCCUCAUUAAGGUGAAAUUUGAGGAUAUCAAGGAUUGGUCCGACCUAGUAACACCACAAGGAAUAAUGGGGAUUUUUGCCAAACCUGACCACGUCAAGAUGACAUACCCAGAGACUCAGCUUCUCCACGCACUGCCCAUAUUGUUGAUUUGUGACAAUCUCCGCGACCCUGGGAACCUGGGGACAAUUCUGCGAUCUGCUGCUGGCGUAGGCUGCAGCAAAGUGUUACUCACCAAAGGCUGUGUGGAUGCCUGGGAACCCAAAGUGCUGCGGGCAGGUAUGGGCGCACAUUUCCAAGUGCCCAUCAUCAACAACCUGGACUGGGAAGCAGUGCCCAACUACCUGCCCAAUGACACCCGCGUCUACGUGGCUGACAACUGUGGCCUUUACACACAGGCCCAGGCCCAGAUGUCUAAUAAGGCCAGUGACUACGGCUGGGUAUGUGACCGACGACCCCUAAAGUUUCACAAGUAUGAGGAGGAGGAAGAGAAUCUAGAAAGUGCAGCCAGUAAAGGCUGGCUCCCUGAACUUGAGGUCCAGAGUUACGACUCAGACUGGACAGAGGCACCUGCAGCUGUGGUGAUAGGUGGGGAGACCAGCGGCGUGAGCCUGGAGUCCCUGCAGUUGGCUGAGAGCACGGGGGGCGGGAGGCUGCUGAUCCCCAUCGUGCCUGGUGUGGACAGCCUGAACUCGGCCAUGGCUGCGAGCAUCCUGCUCUUUGAAGGGAGAAGACAACUGCGGGCGAGGGCGGAACGCUUGAGCAGGGACGGGAGUUACCACUGAGAGGGGACGUGGAAGCCAGUCCUCAGUUUUAGGUUGUCUCUGUGGUUACUGGAAAAAUAAGAACUUCUCUGACUUCCUGCUUAGCCUCAAAAAUAACAAAGGCCAAAAUUCCUCCUGAGAUCUCCAUCUUCCCACCGACUUUUAUAUAUGUGUGUAUAUGUACGUGUGUGGGGGAGUAAGAGAGAGACAACAUAAGUAAAUGCUCCUCAUGGCUGUAUGUUUUUAAAAACUAUCCACCAAGGAGCAUCUUUGUGCCCAGAAAGUUGCUGAGGGCAUCACCUUGGGUAGGGAGGACCCCUCCCUCCACAGCUGGGGGUGCUCUGCAGUCAUGGAGUGCUGGUUAGAGGCCGGCCUUGGUCACUCAACUCCUGUGAUCAUUGGUCAGUGGAAAUGGACUUCACCCCUGUGAAGUGUAGACCAGCAGAUUACAUUAAAAAGUUUUAUUUCAGUGUGGUCA